GAACGAACAAGCAAGCGAAGGAAUGACGGAGCGGCAGGCUCAUCCCCGGGCUCUCUCCCCUCGGCCCGCGGGGCGGGGCUGUCCCGGUGGAAAGCACCGGGCUGCGACCCGUCAGUGACAGAGCCCGGGGCUGCCGGGGACUGAGUGGGCGGCACGGGACGGAGGGGACCCCGCGCCGCUGGUUCUGUUGAACAGGGCUUCCCCGAGCUCUCUGCUCCCCGGGAUGUGGCUGUCGUAGCCGGGAGUGCUACUCCCGGAGCCGGCUGGCAGGAGCUGCCCUUCCCUCUCCUCCCUGUCGGGUGUGAGACUGCGAGCGAGAGCCCUGUCAGGGGGCUGAGAAGGCUGUGUUAGAGGCAGUCGAUUUAAUUAGCUUUUAACAUGUGCUUUAUGUGACUUUUUUCCCAACAUUAAUCAGUGUUGUGUAAAAGUAACGCAACACAUCUUUCAUGAAACUUUUGCUAAGUGUAUUUUUCUGUUGUGAUGAUUUGAAGUCCUGUGAAAGCACACGUUAUUUGCUUUUUGCUUCCCCUUCCUGUAUUUCUUAUAAUCGUUUUCUUUCAGGGUCAUGUACCAUGGGUGAACCUGUAUCUGAAUCCGGGUUAGGAGGCGUAGCUUUUUAUGAUGGUAUUAAAUCUUGCUGUAAAUUGGGUCAUAGGCUAUUUAAACAGCGAUCACUGCAUAAGCCUAAAACAGAUGUUGAUCCCUGUCAAGUAUGGUGCAGCCUGCCGGUUGAUGUGUUAACAGAAUAUUGCGACGUUUUUAAAAUAAGUAUCUUUUGGUCUCUUCUCUUCUCAAAUGAAAGCAAUUCAUUAGCAGCUGGUUUGAACAGUUCAGAGAUUUUAGAGUGGAAUUGGAAGAGAGUCUGUGAUUUAGAGGUUUUGGAAGACCUUGUUGGUUUAAUUAAAAAAGUUGCUAAUGUUCCACGUUUUAUUGGUGGGAUACUGAAAAUUGGCAGCGGCAUAGAAAAUGGUGUCUUUGAUGUUAAAGAUGCACUUGACUGGGUCAGAUACACAGGUGGUUUCAGUUUCCUGCAGAAGCUGGAUGAUCUUGCUGGUUUUGGUUUGGUCUGUCUUGAAGUUUUCUUUGCUGUAUGCAAUUGUGGCAUUACUAAAGUUGCUUUGGAAGAUUGUAAUUUAGUUGAAGAAUUUAAAGUUUUGACGUGUGAAAAGUGUAGAAAGAACAGUGAAUUUAUGAAACAGAAAGGAAACGAGGAGUUUUCCCAAAGAAACUUUGAUGAUGCUAUAAUGUCAUAUACUAAGGCCAUAGAAUUUUGUCCUAUGAACCAUCUUCUGUAUGGAAACCGAGCUCUUUGUUUAAUUCUUACAAAACAGUACAAGAAAGCUCUUGCUGAUGGAAAAAGAGCCAUUAUUUUGAAGCCUAAUUGGCCGAAGGGUCACUACCACUUCUGUAAGGCGCUGUCAUUACUUGGGGAACACAAACUGGCUUUGGAAGCUAAUAAGAGAGCUCAAGAACUGUGCAAGAAUAUUUUUGAUGGACUUAAGGAUCUCGUUCAACAAAAUGAAAAGUUAAAGAAGACAAUAGAAGAAAUCAGCGGUAUUCAAGAACAUGAACCAAACCAAAAGAAGUUGCUUGGAAAAAAAGACUGCAGUUCUUCAGAAUCUCAUUUAAUCUCUCAAGAGCAAGAUGAGCUAGAAGAAGACAAAAAGGGAACACAGUCUGAUCCUAAGGAUCAUCGUCGUCAAAAACAUGAUACCAGGGUGACUGACAUCCAGGGAACAGAAGGCAAAGGUUCGUCUCUGGAGUUUCCACCAAGCCAAAGUCACCAGAACAAAGGAAGGCCAAAACCCAAAUCUGGUUACUCUGAAAAGGCGAGAGAUCACUUUGAUUCGAAGAUAGAGUCUAAAGCCAUCCAAGAUAAACUCUUCUAUACUGUGCAAAAGGUGGACUUAGCUAUGUUGUCAAAGGAGUUUAAAUCCCUUGUUCAUGAUGGUUAUACAGCCUUGAUGGACCAGCGGUGUCACAGUGCUGAACAAGCCUUUUCACAACUGUUAAGCAUUCUGAGUCCUUCAGAAUUAAAGCAACUGAAUCUUCAUGUUAUUAAUUAUGUCAUAAUCGUCUAUGGACAUGCCACUGCUCUUCUUGGAAUAGGACAACCUGAGGCAUUGACCAAGGCUGAAGAUCAGUUUAAGAAAAUAAUUGAACAGUACCAGGAAGAAAGAUUUGGUUGUUUGGCACACUAUGGAAUAGGAAAAGUAUAUCUCAGACAAAACAGAUUUUCAGAUGCACUUGAUCAGUUUGUGAAAUCACAAACAAUGGUUAAUCACAAGAUUGUACCUGGAGUAUUAACUUGGCCCACAACAUGUCAGGUUAUUGAAGAGACACGAACAGAGAAUUUACAGUUGAUUUUAAAGAACUAUAUUGAGGAAUGCAAGUUCCCUCCAGAACCAGAUGCAAUUUGUCGAUAUCAGCAAUGCCAUGGCCACUCCAAAAUACAAAUAUUUUUUACAGACCCAGACUUUAAGGGUUUUAUACGUAUUACUUGCUGUCAGCAAUGUAGAGUAGAGUUUCAUAUCAGCUGUUGGAAGAAGUUAAAAACAAUGAACUACAGUGAUAAAAAUGAUAAGGAUUUUCUUCAAGAACUAUGUUUCACUCCUGAUUGUAGAGGUCUUAUUUCAAAAAUAGUUAUUUUCAGUUCUUCUGGUCUGGUAAAAUGUGAGUUUGAACAAAAAAUCACAAAAACCAAGGGACCACCAAGAGCCAGUAUUAAACAGAAAUGUUCAAGUCUUAGGAAGUUAAAAAUGAAACAAGAAAAAAAAAUACGUAGAAAAUGUGCACGAGAAGAGGCACGGAAUUUUGCUAAGAAGAAAAUCGAAGAAAAACAGAUGGGAAAUGAACCGUCUCAUUACAAUGAUCACAGUGAUUAUGUUCUGGACUUAUCUGCUGGUGAUCGAGUCCUGCAGCAUAUCAGUCGAAAUGCUGAACAAAUAAAAACUGCUGUUUGUGAUGCUUCCAAACUAUUAAAGAUGUUGCUUUCAUGGUUUGUAAUCAGUGAGGAGGACUACAUAUCAUAUUCCAGAACCAAUAGCAUGUCACAUGAAGUGAUGGAGCAGCUCAUCAGUUACUUAAUACAGGAAAAAAACAGGGUAAAAACAAGGAGUUUUAUCUAUGUGCUGAGCGAGCUGGAAGAAGUGGAUCCCAAAUUACGGAAAUGGCUGAAACAUCUUAACAACUUGGGUCUGGCAGCCACAAAGAACUUUCUUCUUAAAUAUGGACAAUUUUUAAAAGAGCUCAACCUGUCUAUUUUAACUGCACUCUGGAAUGAGAAGUAUGGUAGUAAAUUUGACUAUGUGACAACUAGUUCUGAAGACAAAGAAAUUCAUGAUUAUUUCUUAAAACCACCCAUAGAGAAAACCCGUUGUUUUAUAUGGCUGUUAGAAGACAACAGAGAAAAUUUCCCAAGUCUUCAUCAAGCUUUAGAUGAAUUCUUUGAUAAAAUGGAUGACCCUACUAUUAUAUUAAAGAAGCGGGAAAAUGAAAAUAUAUCAACUAAUGGUAUCAAAGUAAAGAACAAAAACAGGAAGAAGAACUCAAAAGACUCGAGGUCUAUUUUAGUAUUAUCCAGUGGAGUUAGUACAGCACCACGAGAAGAAGAAGAGAUACUUAUAGAAGAAAAUACUUUAGAUUUUACUAAUUCUGAUGAACCAUUUGUAAUCCCAGAAUAUCUUCGGGAGCAACUAGAAGAAUUUGAAGCUCUUUGUGACAUUUCAAAUAGUAACAGUUACCAAAGACUUUUGGAUAAUAAUAACCUAGAUCAAACCUGUGAAAGCUUAUAUGAAUAUUUCUCUCAAAUCUUGGAAGAACAUGGCCCUAUGGAAAUAAAUAAUAAAUUAUUAGUUGGGGAAUAUGAACAUUUCCCUGAAGAAACUCGAAAGGUUGUGGAAGAUAAAGGUGGUCUGAAAUGUUUUCUUCUGAAAUCCCCUCGGUUUAUUAUGGUGGAUAAUCUUAUUGGCUUAAGAAAGCAUGAAGUUCUUAUUGAAGAAAGUACAAAUAGAAAUGAGACUGGAGAUAAUGAAGAAGAAAAUGGUAUAGCCUGUAACGUGCAAGAACAUUCUUCCCAGAACAAACUACAGUUAAAUCCAGCAGCUAAGGAAUUCAAACCUUUGUCUUAUCCUAACCAACCUCGUAUAUCAACAUCUACUGACUUAACAGUAGCAAGUUAUGAGACUUCACUAUGUUUGCCCUGGUCUUUUCCUGCUUCAUGUGAAUUGGUGCCUUCUCUGUGCAGUCAAAAUAUUGACACCAUACAAAAUCAGUCCUCGUUUUCGGAAAUCUUACCAGAGGGUAUAUUUUUGCCUCAGACUUCCUGGAGUUAUCAAUAUGAAAGAAUAUUGCCAGUGCCUUCUCAAAUGCCUCUCAUGUCAAAUGUUGUCAGGCAACCUAGUUAUAUUUAUGCUGAUCGUGUAGCUUAUCAGGAUAAUGACAAAUCAACAAUUUCAAACAGAAAAUACGUCUUAAGCAAGUUUAUACCAACUGAAAUUCAAACACGUGAAGACUUUCAGUGCCAAGUUGAAAACUCCGUUAACACAUUUUAUGAAGACAGUUUUGCUGUUGAAAAUAGUACAGAUGAAGCUGAAUGUGGUAUACAGGUUAUUAAGACAGAAAAAGAAGGCAGAGGUAUGCCUCUAGUGAAAACCAAUCCUCAUACAAGGAUGAUAGCUGUUCAGGUAACUCAUGAGGUGGCUGAUAGAGAAACUAAUACCUUGCCUUUUCAUCCAUUUGAAAUGCAACAUGGAGAUAUUCUGCGUGUGGAAAAAGAGCAUCAAGUAUUACAAGAACAACUUAAAGAAGCACAGGAAAAAUAUGAACAGUUACAAAGCCGAAGCUCAGAGGAAAUUGGUGCCUUAAAAGAGCUGCUAAAGAAAAGUGCUGAAGAGAUUGAGGUAUCAAAGAGUGAACUGGAUUGGCUUCAUCAAGACUUAGAAAUAAAAGUGAAAAAAUGGCAGCAAGAGAAAAAAGAAAAUCAAGAGAACUUAAAAGCACUAAGGAACACAGCUAAAAAGCAUACAGAUACAAAUGAUAGGUAUUCGAAGACUAUUGAUGAGAAGGAAAAGCAGUAUAAUGUAUAUUUAAAUACAUUUCUUGAGACCAGUAAUAAACUUGCUACUGAGAAAGUAAAAUUGGAAGAGCUUAUACAAAAGAGUCAAGAUGAAAGCCAAGAGUAUGUGAACAGAGCUGUUAAAGCAGAGAUAUCAGUACUCAAAAACUGGAAGGAAACUGAAGCGUGCAAGCUAAAUGGCAUAGCUGCCAAUGCAGAAGCAAAUCUUAAGAUGCUGAAGUCAUUGAGCAGCAGCUCAGCUUCAGCAGCAGCUAAGUUGAAGUCACAGAUUGAUUCUUGGGAAAUAUUUAUUUCAAAUGUAAAGAAACAGCUGGAAAAAGUAGAGGCUGAGUAUGAAGGAAAAAUUCAGGCAGUGAAAAAUGGCGUACGAAGCUGUCUCACUAAAAUGGAAACUGUGGAGAUUCCUUCUCCUCCCAGCGUUUUUGCAAAACAAGGCAGAGCUCCCAUCAGUGAUCCAGCCAUUAUCAUGUGUUCUUCUGCAUCUGCAUCUCCUGCUUCACUUCCUGCGUUUUCAAGUUCUGAGGAUCAAGGUCCAAUGCAUGCUUCAUUUAAUAAACAGGCCCAAGCUAAGCCAACGUAUGCAAGUUCUAAAUCUUGUUCAGCAAGUGGUGGACUGGUGAAAAUGCACUCCAAACCUUUGGAAGCAUCGUACUCUGAUAAAGUUUUGGCAAAUUGCCCAUCAGGGAUUUCUGGAAGUAAUACUCAGAAUGUCCAGCCUAACCAGAACCUCCAAGGCAACGCAGCUGUACGGUCAAGGCCUUCUGGACUUCCAAGCAACAAAAAGCUUCCAAAAGCAUUUGAAAUUAUUAUUUCACAUCUACAGAGUAUAUUCCCAAACUACAGCAGUUCAGACUUUACUGCCUUCAUCAGAGACAUACAAAGAAGAAAUGGGAAUACACUGUCAGAUUUGAGCUUAGAUGAAAUUCUAAGCAGAGUGACACAACUCAUUUUGGACCAACAAAAUAAGGUACUGUGGUGUGUGCAGUUGCUGCCUUUUCUACUGUGCGUCUCUGACAGAGGAAACAGUGCAGCACAUUCCAGAAAAGAAUGCAAACUUGCCUUUGCUGUCAAGCUCCAAAAUACAAACUUGCUCAAAAUUCUUUUCCAACACCUGUGUAGGCACCAACAACAGGGAGACCCACCCAGUCAGUAGCCUCUCCUUCACCAGCGCAGACUGGAACUCAGAGUUGGGAAGUAUCCAAAGAAGAAAAUGUACCCAGCCCACCCAGGGCAAGACCUGUGCAUAAAAACACCUUGAGUAAAAAUCCAUCUCAGCCAAAUCUCCAGCCCUGGGGA